AUGGACUCUCUUACUGCAGCAAAUAACAAAUUUUGCUUCGAUUUUUUCCAAGAGAUUAGCAAAAAUGAUGCACAUAAGAAUAUCUUUGUCUGCCCUCUGAGUCUCUCAGCUGCCUUUGGUAUGGUCCGCCUGGGAGCUAGAGGGGACAGUGCACAUCAGAUUGAUGAGGUAUUACAUUUCAAUGAACUUUCCAAGGAUGAACGCAAAGAACCCAAUGAUCCCUCUUCAAAAAGCAAAACCAAAGCUUCUGACAGCUCUCUGGAAGGGCAGAAACAAACAUCAGCUUCUCAGGAUCAGCAGGGUGACUCUACAAAUGAGCAUCAAUUGCUUGGCUGCCACUUUGGGAGACUUCUCUCCAGAAUAGACGGAGACAAAGCUUAUUACACUCUAAGUAUGGCCAACAGACUCUAUGGAGAGCAGGAAUUCCCAAUCUGCCCAGAAUACUCUGAUGACGUAACUCAAUUUUACCACACGACAGUUGAAAGUGUAGAUUUCCAGAAGGAUACUGAGAAAUCAAGACAAGAGAUUAACUUCUGGGUUGAAAGUCAAUGCCAAGGUAAAAUCAAGGAACUGUUUGGCAAGGAGGCUAUUGAUAACUCAACUGUGCUGGUGCUGGUGAAUGCUGUUUACUUCAAGGCCAAGUGGGAGAAAGAAUUCAACUCUGAAAACACUGUUGAUGCAUCUUUCUGUCUCAGUGAGAAUGAGAAGAAGCCUGUGAAGAUGAUGAGUCAGAAGGGACAGUUUAGAAUUGGCUUUAUCGAGGAGCUGCAGGCGCAGAUCCUGGAAAUGAAGUAUACCACGGGGAAGCUCAGUAUGCUCGUCCUGCUUCCAUCUUGCUCAGAAGACAACGUGAAGAGCCUGCAAGAGCUUGAAAAGGAAAUAAACCAUGAAAAAUUACUGGCCUGGAGUAGCUCAGAAAAUAUGUCAGAAAAACCCGUAUCUAUUUCCUUCCCCCAGUUCAUCAUGGAAGAUAGCUAUGAUCUCAAGUCGAUUCUACAGGACAUGGGCAUUAAGGAUGUCUUUGAUGAAACAAAGGCUGACCUUACUGGAAUCUCUAAGAGUCCCAAUCUGCAUUUGUCCAAAAUUGUCCACAAGACCUUGGUGGAAGUGGAUGAGAUAGGGACCCAGGCAGCUGCAGCUAGUGGGGCUGUGGCUGCAGAGAAGGCCCUUCCAUCCUGGGUGGAGUUUAAUGCCAACCACCCUUUCCUCUUUUUUAUCCGGCACAACCCAACCCAGAGUCUACUUUUCUGUGGCAGAGUCUACUCCCCUUGA